AAAAGGGGCAGUUCUGCUUUCUGUGUCUGACCCAGUGGAUGACAUAUCCUUCGGAGACUUAUCGAAAAAGACGCCCAAACUGCUAUGGAGCCGCAGGCGGCUGUGGGCUGUGUGAACAUAGGCAGUCUGACCAGCACCUUGCCGGUGAUCCCCUACCAGAAGCUGACAGACCUGUACUACCUGAGCAGAGGGGGCUUCGGUACCGUGUUCAAGGCGCAGCACUCCGACUGGAGGACCACUGUGGCCAUCAAGUGCCUGAAGCUCGACUCUCCUGUCGGUGAAAGAGAGAGGAACUCCCUACUGAAGGAGGCAGAGGUGCUCCACAAAGCCAGAUUCAACUACAUCAUCCAGAUCUUCGGCAUCUGCAAUGAGCCGGAGUUUUUCUGCAUAGUCACAGAGUUCAUGAGCAAUGGCUCCCUGGACCUGCUGCUCCACGAGAAGGACACGUACCCUGUGCUUGCCUGGCCUUUGCGACUGAGGAUCCUGUAUGAGAUCGCUCUGGGUGUCAACUUCCUUCACAACAUGAACCCGCCCCUCUUACACCACGAUCUAAAGACACAGAAUAUACUGCUGGAUAGUGAAUUUCAUGUUAAGAUCGCAGACUUUGGUCUUUCGAAGUGGCGGCAGCUGUCUGUCAGUAAAGGCUCGGGGUCGAAGCCCACAGAGAUGGGGGGCACAGUGAUCUACAUGCCCCCCGAGGAGUAUGAACCAUCCAAGAGCCGCCGGGCUGAUGUGAAACACGACAUGUACAGCUAUGCCAUCAUCAUGUGGGAGGUGCUGUCCAGACAGAUUCCAUACGAAGAGGUGACCAACCCCAUGCAGAUUAUGUUCAGCGUGCUGCGCGGGAUGCGUCCUGACACAAGCUUGGACAGCCUGCCUGCUGAGAUCCCCAGCAGAGGGACCCUCAUUAGCCUAAUGACCUGCGGCUGGACCACUAACCCCGAUGAGCGACCUUCCUUCCUCAAGUGUUUGAUUGAGCUGGAGCCCAUGGUGAGGAGGUUCGAUGAAAUCGACUUCCUGGAGGCUGUGUUGGAGAUCAAGAGGUCAAAGUUUAUGCGGAGAUCAGGCUGCUGUACCGCCCAGCCAGAAAGUGAGAAGAGGGGUGAGGAGGGAUCCUUGAAUAUGCUGAAGGACAGGUCCAAUCCCUGGCCGGAGACCACCAACUCAGGCUCAGGGUCUUGUUCCUCCCAGGACACGGAUGUAUCUCUACCAGGCCCCCUCACCAGCUGCAAUACAGCACCCUCUAAAGUUGUAGAGGGGCUUCCGUUGUCAUUCAUAGCUCCUACUCUUGAGCCUCCCGAGUCUCUGAAGGACCACUGUGCAACCAAUAAUCUGAACGGCCACCAGAGUGCCAAGCUCAUGAAUGAAUGGAACAUACCCGUCAAACCUGGCCCGCCUGUCACUGAGUAUGAGACACGACUGGAUAACCUCACUCUUAAUCCAAAGCCUCAGCAGCCAGCUGAUAACUCUGCCCCAUUGUGCAACUCGCCUCCAUCACAAGGCGCCAUGACCCAAUGGAUUGAGACACGGCGUGAGGAGAUCGUCUUGCAGAUGACUGAGGCCUGCCUCAACCAGAGCUUGGAUGCCCUGCUGGCACGCUCUAUGAUAAUGCGUGAGGAUUAUGAACUGGUAGUGAACCAGGCCACUCGCACAGCCAAGGUGCGCAAGCUCUUGGACAACUGUCACCGGACCAGCGAAGACUUCUGCCGCAUUGUCGUCCGCAAGCUGCACGACAAUAAGCAGAUGGGCUUGCAGCCAUACCCAGCUGAAAUCAGCUCACCAACCACAAACCUGGUCCCCAGUGCACCACCGCUGUCUGUGUCCUACAAUAUCAUCAGGAAUAUGUAGCAACACUCAGAAGCAAUGGAAACUGUCCAGAUUAUAGACCGUGCCAACUUUACACUACACUUAACUUUUGGUGGUUUCCGUUGUCAUUGAGAUUGUCAUCACGGUUCAUGUAAGUCAGUCCCUCAGAAAGACAGAGGAAGAGCUGGCUGAGUUAAGAGUUGCAGGUGCAAAAACUAAGGUAUUGGCUUCAAUUUAUCCACUCGUUAGCUAGAGUCAAAAACCCAAAGUUUUAUUCUGUAUAAUCAGAAUCAAAAGAUUUCGACUGAAUCAGUGAUUUUAUUUACUAAGUUUUGGAUUUAAUGAGGCGAUUGAUUUAUAGUCUUUCAUUGCAGGGUUUCACUCCUUUUAGUGCGUUACACUUUUUGUUUCCAGAACAGUUAGUAUUAAAUGAUUAAGUGUAAGCAUUAUGUAGCCCAGUAUUUUCGUUUAGUGUGUGUGUGUGUGUGUGUGUGUGUGUGUGUGUGUGUGUGUGUGUGUGUGUGUGUGUGGCUUCGCUCAGUUGAUCUGAGUAAGUUACACAACAUCUGUUAGAUGCUGGAAAACCUAUAGCAAACAGAUAGGGUUUACAGCAAUUUUUGAAUUGUCUUUAGAUUCAUUAUCAAGAUAAUGUUUACCACAAAAUGAAUUGAGAAUGUGACCCUCUCUGCAACAAAGAGUGUUUGUGUCUUUGUGUUGAAGCACAUAGAGUGACCUGUGUACAUUAUAUCAGUGAGAAAAUGCACAGUAAAGGGAGCAGCAGAGACUUAAGAGCAAAUAAUAGCAAUCUAAACAUCUUGUCUUGAACGUUAACGAGUUCAAAUGACUCUGAAUUGCUGAAAUGAUUUGUGAUUUUGGAAAGCUGUGUUUACAUGACUGUAUGGAAAUUGUGGGCUAUUUUUCCUAUCCAGACAUUAACUGCUGAGUUAAGGAGUCGGAGGGGCUCGGAGUAAAGAGUAAAGAGGAAGUAGAGACUGUAACAUAAAACCCAGAAUGAGAGGGACGUGUGUGUGUGCACGACUGCAUGUCUGUGUGUAAAUGAAAAGUGGGCAAAAGUGAUCUUUCUAGUUGUUGAUUUAAAAAAAAAAAAAAAACUGGAAACUUCCAGAGUUACAGUUCUUCCAUGGACUCUGAGCACAGACUAAAAGAUAGAUUUCAGCGCAAUGCUCCAUAGAGGUGUAAGAUAACAGCAAACGACCAGAGCAAAUCAAACCCGCCUUGCUUGUAGCGGUGCCUCUGUGUACCUACACCACACGGUACAUGAUAUGACUCAUUUAACUUUUUCUACCGUGGCUGUGCUGCCUCGCUGCUCAUAAAUAAACAGUUCCUCGUACAUCAGUAGCAUUCAGCAAAGUCAUAAUCCUGUUACAAGCAAGAAGAUACACAUUCACAUUAUACAGUAGCACCAUUUUAUUUAUAUGAAUGGGAGUAAUACCUGUUUGUCAGUCACAGAGUUCACUGUUACUUCAGUCAUACAUACUAUUUAUAGAAAAAAAAAGAAAUAUGAUUUCUGCUUCCUUGAGACUGUUGUUACUUUCAAUCUUCCUUAUAUUACGUGU